AAUCAAUUCCCUUCGCUCUGGUUUCAGUGGGAUUUGGUCUGUGGUCGUGCUGGUUUGUCCGCAUUGAGCCAAACGAUAUUUAUGUUAGGACAAGGAGUUGGGGCUUUCAUCUGUACAUCAUUGGCUGAUAAAUAUGGACGGAGACCAAUUCAUCUGAUUACUCAGGGAGGUUUACUUGUUUCUUGUAUCGCUAUCGUCUUUAUUAACAAUAUUGGUGGAUUUAUAGUUUUACGAUUUAUUGUUGGUGCAAUGCAACAGUCUGUAGCAUUAACAGGAUACGCUAUAUUGGUGGAGAUGUUGAUCACUGAUCUCAGACCACUAGCUGGUUGUCUAAAUGGACUGUCGUGGACAAUAUCACUCGUGGCAUUAGCACCAUUAGGGUACCUGUUACAGCAUUUCUCUUGGAGAUAUUUUCAAGUUACUAUAAUAGUCGUCAUGUCGUAUGCUGUUCUCAUGAUCUGUUUCAUGGAUGAAUCACUUCGCUGGUUGGUGGCAAACAACAAGAUUCAACAGGCCGAGGAUAUCAUCAGCAAAAUGUGCAAAGCAAAUAAAACAGAAUUUUCCAAAUCCAGAUUGGCUUUACAUCAACAAAUGGCAAAAGCUAAAACCAAAAAUGAGCUGGAAAUGGUGAUGGGAAAGUGGACACCGGUCAACGAACUACAGCUAUUAAAACCAAAGGCUAUAAAUAGCGUUACCUAUUAUGGAUUAUUCUUGACGUCUUCCAAUCUUUCUGGUAAUAGAUUCUUCAAUUAUUUUCUCAACGCAGUAGUAGAACUUCCAUCCCUCCUAUUUGUUUUCAUUGCUGUAAAAAGAUUAGACAGGAGAAGUGUGUGUGGUAUAUCUAUGAUUAUAAGUGGAGUUGCUCUAAUAAUUUCAGGGGUAUUUUAUAUUCCAGGCGAUAAAUCUGCUGGUUCAACGUCAAGUGUUGUAUUUUCUUUAAUCGGUAAAUUUGCAAUAACAGCCUCUUUCCAUGGUCUAUUUAUCUAUACUCCCGAGUUGUUCCCUACCAAUAUGAGAAAUGCUGGACUAGGGGUAGGUUCUUCAGCUGCUAGGAUUGGUGGAAUGGUGGCUCCCUUUUCAAGGUUAUUGUCUGAUGUCGUGAUAUGGGGACCAAGAGUAGUAUUUAGUGGUGGAUGUUUAUUGGCUGCUAUAUUGAUAACUUUGUUACCAGAAACUCGAGGUCGUCCACUACUUACUACUAUAGAAGAGAUGAGAGCUUGGAAAAAUAUUAAAUCUUCUACACUUGAACUCUCAAUAAAAUGA